AUGAUAGAUCAAACUCAUAUACAGGUAAAAACAGCUUCGGCGUUACCAAUCGAAUCACAUGUUAUAAAAGUUAAAAAAUAUCCAUUAAACAGAAACAGACGACCAAGCAAUGUCAUUCAUGUAACUGCUCGAGCACCAAGCAGCAAUGUCGUCGAUUCGUGUAGUUUUCGAUGGAAUUCACUUGGAAUUGUAGUACUUGGUAAUGAGACAGCCGGUUCAGAAUCAAAUCAAUUAAAGAACCCAUUUGGAAUUUAUAUAGAUAAUGAUGAUAUAUUAUAUGUAGCAGAUUUUGGAAAUAAUCGAAUACAAAGAAUGAUAUUAUCUACUGGUGCCAUAACAACAAUUGCUGGAAAUGGUACAGCAGGAAAUAGAACGGGAACACCUGGAAAUGCUACAAACCAAUUUUAUGGAAUAAAAAAUCUUUGGUUAGAUUCAUCAUAUCAAUAUUUAUAUGUAGUUGAAUCAUUAAACAAUCAUGUUAUGAGAUUUUCAACUAAUUCAAUAAAUGGUACUGCUGGAACAAUUGUUGCAGGCGGGAAUAAUUCUGGAAAUAAUACAGAUGAAUUAAAUAAUCUCCAAGGAAUUUAUUAUGAUACAUCAUCAAAUUCAAUGUAUAUUGCAAAUUAUGGUGGACAUACAAUAAUUAAAUGGAUACCAUGUGCAUCAAACGGAUCAUUUGUUGUUGGAACAUCAGAUUCGAAAAAUUUUAGAAUACAAAGAUUUUGUGCAAAAAAUGGAUAUCAAGGUACUACCAUAGCUGGAGGAAAUGGAGCAGAUAAUUCAUCUAUAUAUUUAGCUCAACCAAGAAGUUUACAUUUUGAUUCUCAAAUGAAUUUAUAUGUUAGUAAUACUACCAAUCAUAGAAUUAUUAAAUUUGUUAAACUUUAA